AUGGUUUCCCCAUUACUACUAGUAUUCAUCCUGCAAGUAGUCAUUCAUCUGAUCAAUACGGUCGGCGCAACAGCCAUCAACGAGCUGCUAUGGAUUCUUUACAACAAAUCUCCUACGCCGACAGCAAAAGCCGCGCAUGACCAGAUGCGUCUGAAACGCGAAGUAGUCCGCCUUAAGCGAGAGAUGAACGCUGUGAGCGCUCAGGACGACUUCGCACGAUGGGCCAAGCUACGUAGACAACAUGAUAAAGCUGUGGCAGAGUUCAACACGAGUGAUUCAGCGAUCCAAGCCGCCAGGACUACCUUCAACACAACCAUAACCUCUAUCCGCUGGCUCAGCACAAACGGCCUUCGCCUCUUUCUCCAGUUCUGGUACGCGCGUCAAGCGCUGUUCUGGAUACCGAAGGGCUGGCUGCCGGGAUACAUGGAGUGGAUUCUGGCAUUCCCGAGGGCGCCACGAGGGAGUGUGAGCAUACAGAUCUGGGCUAUCGCUUGUGCGAGCGUCGUUGGGAUGAUUAGCGAGGCGGUCGUUGCGGCAUAUGCGCUGGGAACGAAUACGGAGGCGCGGACGAAGGGGAAGCCGAUGGCUUUCACGGCAGCAGAGAAAGGCGGAGGGCAGAAGGAGUUGUAG